UCCAUGGAAACAUGGGGUUAUCCCGAAAUGAAACGAUAAUUUGGACGGAAGAGCACAUGGACACGAACGACACGACCAACACUUUUGGUCCGGAGGUAGUGAUUGUGCCCAUCAUAUUUGGAUGUAUAUUUUUCUUGGGAAUCAUUGGGAACACUCUGGUGAUUGUUGUCAUUGGGAAAAUAAAGUCGAGGCGCUCAAGAAGCACCACUAACAUAUUCAUCCUCAAUCUUAGUAUAGCAGACUUAUGUUUUCUCCUGUUUUGCGUCCCUUUUCAGGCCACUAUAUACUCCCUUCCCGAGUGGAUCUUCGGGGCGUUUCUGUGUAAAUUCGUGCACUAUUUUGUCAUGGUCAGCAUGCUGGUGAGCAUUUUCACGCUGGUGGCCAUGUCCGUGGACAGGUACAUUGCCGUUGUUCUCUCCAAAAAGUCCCCAUGCAUUCGUAACCGGAGGAAUGCGCUCAUUGGCGUUUGUGUCAUUUGGAUGCUUUCCUUUGUCUUUGCCGUCCCGGUUGCGCAGCGCCAAAUUUUGACGGAUCACCCCAAGGCGCCCAACAGCUCUUUCUGUUGGGAGGUAUGGACCGAAUGGAUGGCAAAGCACACAUACAAAGUGACCAUUUUAGUGAUGGGUUAUCUGUUACCGCUGAUUUUGAUCACGUGCUGUUAUGCCAAGGUAUUGUAUCAUCUUCAUAAAAAGAUGAAAAUUAUGUCCAAGAAAUCUGAACGUUCAAAGCGAAAGACAGCUCAGACGGUGUUGUUGGUUGUUGCUGCUUUUCUCAUCUGCUGGAUGCCACAUCACAUCAUAGCUAUGUGGGUAGAGUUUGGCCAGUUCCCCCUGAAUGAUGCUUCCUUCGCCUUUCGCAUCAUCUCUCACUGCCUGGCCUAUGGAAACUCCUGCGUCAACCCCAUUCUUUAUGCCUUCCUCUCUGAAAACUUCAGAAAAGCCUGCAAGCAGGUCUUCACAUGCCAUAUUUUUGACUCUCCUCCACCUUUGGGCAAAGUGGUGCGCAUUCGCAUGGAAAACUUCUCCACGACACAUUCUACCACUAACAUUUGAGGCUUGUUAGAGAAUAAACAUGUCAGCACUGCUUAGAAAUAAAAAAUAAAUGGCAACAUUUUUGGCUUUUUUUCACCUACAUAAGACUUUGAUACAUGAUGAAUUGAGGCAUUAUAUGGGCUUUUUCUUUCUCAAGGUAACUUGAAAACAAAGAUUU